AGUCCCGGCUCGCCCGCGCGCUGCAGCCGGAGCGGCCGAGCGGAGCCCAGCGCGGGGAGGGCGCGAGUGCGCGCCAAGGCGGAAGAGAAUGGCAGGACCGAGUCCCAGCCCGUGGACCAGGCUGCUUCUGGCAGUCCUGCUGGGCGUCAGCUUCCCCGGGGAAAUGGCGAACCGCUGCAAGAGGGCCCAGGUGAAGAGCUGCACGGAGUGCAUCCGCGUGGACAGGGAAUGUGCCUACUGCAUGGAUGAGAUGUUCAAGGAGCGGCGCUGCAACACCCAGGCAGAGCUGCUGGCUGCCGGCUGCCGGUGGGAGAGCAUGGUGGUCAUGGAGAGCAGCUUCGAGAUCACAGAGGAUACCCCGAUCAACCCCAACCUGCAGCGCAGCCAGGUGUCGCCCCAGGGGUUACGGGUCCGGCUGCGGCCAGGCGAGGAGAAGCACUUUGAGCUGAAGGUGUUCGAGCCCGAGAAGAGCCCUAUGGACCUGUACAUCCUCAUGGAUUUCUCCAACUCCAUGUCUGACGAUCUGGACAACCUCAAGCAGAUGGGAGAGAGACUGGCCCAGGUCCUGAGCGAGCUCACUGAUGACUACACUAUUGGAUUUGGCAAGUUUGUGGACAAAGUCAGCGUCCCUCAGACAGACAUGAGGCCUGAGAAACUGAAGGAGCCCUGGCCCAAAAGCGACGCCCCCUUCUCCUUCAAGAAUGUCAUCAGCCUGACGGAAAACUUGGAAGAGUUUCGGAAUAAACUGCUAGGGGAGCGGAUCUCAGGCAACCUGGACGCUCCUGAAGGAGGUUUUGAUGCCAUCCUGCAGGUGGCCGUGUGCACGAGGGACAUUGGCUGGCGCCCCGACAGCACCCACCUGCUGGUGUUCUCCACCGAGUCAGCUUUCCACUAUGAGGCAGACGGUGUCAACGUGCUGGCCGGCAUCAUGAGCCGCAAUGACGAGGCAUGCCACCUGGACUCCUCGGGCACCUAUACCCAGUACAAGACGCAGGACUAUCCGUCUGUGCCCACCCUGGUGCGCCUGCUUGGCAAACACAACAUCAUCCCCAUCUUUGCUGUCACCAACUACUCCUACAGCUAUUACGAGAAGCUGCACACGUACUUCCCUGUCUCCUCACUGGGGGUGCUGCAAGAGGACUCCUCCAACAUUGUGGAGUUGCUGCAGGAAGCCUUCAACCGCAUUCGUUCCAACCUGGACAUCCGGGCCCUGGAAAGCCCCCGAGGCCUGCGGACAGAGGUCACCUCCAAUGACUUACAAAAGACGAAUACUGGGUCCUUUCACAUCCAGCGGGGGAAAGUGGGCACAUACCAGGUGCAGCUGCGGGCUAUGGAGGCUGUGGAUGGGACUCACGUGUGCCAGCUGGGGGAAGAGGACCAGAAGGGCAACAUCCACCUGAAGCCCUCCUUCUCGGAUGGCCUCUGGAUGGAUGCGGGCAUCAUCUGCGACGUGUGUCCAUGUGAGCUGCAAAAAGAGGAGCUUUCAGCUCACUGCAACUACCACGGCGACUUCGUGUGUGGACACUGUGUGUGCAAUGAGGGCUGGAGCGGCAAGACCUGCAGCUGCUCCACGGGCUCACUGAGUGACAUCAAGCCCUGCCUGCGGGAGGGCGAGGACAAGCCGUGCUCCGGACGUGGCGAGUGCCAGUGUGGCCACUGCGUGUGCUACGGAGAAGGCCGCUACGAGGGUCCGUUCUGCGAGUAUGACAACUUCCAGUGUCCCCGUGCCUCCGGGGUCCUCUGUAACGACCGGGGACGCUGUUCCAUGGGCCAGUGCGCGUGUGAGUCUGGGUGGACAGGCUUGAGCUGUGACUGUCCUCUCAGCAAUGCCACCUGCAUCGACAGCAGUGGGGGCAUCUGUAAUGGGCGUGGCUACUGCGAGUGUGGCCGCUGCCACUGUAACCAGCAGUCGCUCUACACGGACACCAUCUGUGAGAUCAACUACUCAGCGAUCCGCCUGGGCCUCUGCGAGGACCUGCGCUCCUGUGUGCAGUGCCAAGCCUGGGGCACUGGUGAGAAGAAAGGCCGCAUGUGCGAGGAGUGCAGCUUCAAGGUCAAGAUGGUGGACGAGCUUAAGAGAGCGGAGGAGGUGGUGGAGCACUGCUCCUUCCGGGAUGAAGAAGAUGACUGCACGUACAGCUACACGGUGGGGGGCGACGGGGCCCCCGGGCCCAACAGCACGGUCCUGGUACACAGGAAGAAGGACUGUCCACCCAGGUCCUUCUGGUGGCUCAUCCCUCUGCUCAUCUUCCUGCUGCUGCUCCUGGCGCUGCUACUGCUCCUCUGCUGGAAAUACUGCGCCUGCUGCAAGGCUUGCCUGGCACUUCUCCCUUGCUGCAACCGAGGUCACAUGGUGGGCUUCAAGGAAGAUCACUACAUGCUGCGGGAGAACCUGAUGGCCUCGGACCACCUGGAUACGCCCAUGUUACGCAGCGGGAACCUCAAGGGACGGGACAUGGUCCGAUGGAAGAUCACCAACAAUGUGCAGCGGCCUGGCUUGGCCACCCACACCUCCAGCACCAACCCCACAGAGCUGGUGCCCUACGGGCUGUCCCUGCGCCUCGCCCGCCUGUGCACCGAGAACCUGCUGAAACCUGACACGCGAGAGUGUAACCAGCUGCGCCAGGAGGUGGAGGAGAAUCUGAAUGAGGUGUACCGACAGAUAACAGACUCACAUAAGCUCCAGCAGACUAAGUUCCGGCAGCAGCCCAACGCCGGGAAAAAGCAGGACCACACCAUCGUGGACACGGUGCUGACGGCACCCCGCUCAGCCAAGCAGGCCUUGCUGAAGCUGACAGAGAAGCAUGUGGAGCAGGGGUCCUUCCACGAGCUCAAGGUGGCCCCGGGCUACUACACCCUCACUGCAGACCAGGAUGCCCGGGGCAUGGUGGAGUUCCAGGAGGGCGUGGAGCUGGUAGACGUGCGGGUGCCCCUCUUCAUCCGGCCUGAGGACGACGACGAGAAGCAGCUGCUGGUGGAGGCCAUCGACGUGCCCAUGGGCACCGCCACCCUCGGCCGCCGCCUGGUAAACAUCACCAUCAUCAAGGAGCAAGCCAGCGGGAUAGUGUCUUUUGAGAAGCCCGAGUACUCGGUCAGCGGCGGGGAGCAAGUGGCCCGCAUUCCUGUCGUCCGGCGCGUCCUGGACAAUGGCAAGUCCCAGGUGUCCUACCGCACACAGGAUAACACUGCCCAGGGCAACCGGGACUACAUCCCUGCAGAGGGUGAGCUGCUCUUCCAACCUGGGGAGACCUGGAAGGAGCUGCAGGUGAAACUCCUGGAGCUGCAGGAGAUGGACUCCCUCCUGCGGGGCCGCCAGACCCGCCGCUUCCACAUUCAACUCACCAACCCCAAGUUCGGGGCCCGCCUGGGCCAGCCCCACUCAGCCACCGUCAUCAUUGGGGACCCAGACGAACUGGACCGGAACUUCACAAGCCAGACACUGUCAUCGUUCCCUCACCAUGGUGACCUGGGUGCCCCCCAGAACCCCAAUGCCAAGGCUGCUGGGUCCCGGAAGAUCCUUUUCAACUGGCUGCCCCCGCCUGGCAAGCCAACAGGGUACAGGGUCAAGUACUGGAUCCAGGGUGACUCUGAGUCCGAAGCCCACCUGCUUGACAGCAAGGUGCCCUCGGUGGAGCUCACCAACCUGUACCCAUAUUGCGACUACGAGAUGAAGGUGUGCGCCUACGGGGCAGAGGGCGAGGGCCCCUACAGCUCCCUGGUGUCCUGCUGCACCCAGCAGGAAGUACCCAGUGAGCCAGGGCGUCUGGCCUUCAAUGUCGUCUCCUCCACGGUGACCCAGCUCAGCUGGGCUGAGCCGGCUGAGACCAACGGCGAGAUCACGGCCUACGAGGUCUGCUACGGCUUGGUCAACGAGGACAACCGACCCAUCGGGCCCAUGAAGAAGGUAUUGGUGGACAGUCCCAAGAGGCGGAUGCUGCUUAUUGAGAACCUUCGGGAGUCCCAGCCAUACCGCUACACGGUGAAGGCGCGCAAUGGGGCAGGCUGGGGCCCGGAGCGGGAGGCCAUCAUCAACCUGGCCACCCAACCCACGCGGCCCAUGUCCAUCCCUAUCAUCCCGGACAUCCCCAUUGUGGACGCCCGGUGUGGGGAAGACUAUGAGAGCUUCCUCAUGUACAGCGAUGACGUUCUGCGCUCCCCUCCUGGCAGCCAGAGGCCUAGCGUCUCCGAUGACACUGGCGGCGGCUGGAAGUUCGAGCCCCUGCUGGGGGAGGAGCUGGACCUGCGGCGCGUCACGUGGCGGCUGCCCCCGGAGCUCAUCCCGCGCCUGUCGGCCAGCAGCGGGCGCUCCUCCGACGGCGAGCCGCCCUGCGGGCCCCCGGACGACCGCGCGGACGCGGAGGCGGACGCGGACACGGGCAGGGGCGGGGAGGGUGGCGGCCUAGCGCGCGGCUCCACACCCAGGCCCCCCAGAGAGCACCUGGUGAACGGGAGGAUGGACUUUGCCUUCCCGGGCAGUGCCAACUCCUUGCACAGGAUGACUGUGGCCAAUACCGCCUACGGCACCCACCUGAGCCCACACCUGUCCCACCGGGUGCUGAGUACCUCCUCCACCCUGACGCGGGACUACCACUCGCUGACCCGCACAGAACACUCACACUCUGCCACGCUGCCCAGAGACUACCCCACCCUCACCUCUGUCUCCUCCCACAACGCCCGCUUGGCUGCCGGUGUGCCCAACACACCCACCCGCCUGGUCUUCUCAGCACUGGGACCCACGUCUCUGAAAGUGAGCUGGCAGGAGCCGCGGUGUGAGCAGGUGCUGCAGGGCUACAGCGUGGAGUACCAGCUGCUGAACGGCGGGGAGCUGUAUCGGCUCAACAUCCCCAACCCCAGCCAGACUUCAGUGGUGGUGGAAGACCUUCUGCCCAACCAUUCCUAUGUGUUCCGUGUGCGGGCCCAGAGCCAAGAAGGCUGGGGCCCAGAGCGCGAGGGCAUCAUCACCAUUGAGUCGCAGGUGCACCCCCAGAGUCCACUCUGCCCCCUGCCAGGCUCCACCUUCACUUUGAGCACACCCAGCGCCCCGGGCCCGCUGGUGUUUACCGCCCUGAGCCCAGACUCGCUGCAGUUGAGCUGGGAGCGGCCACGCAGGCCCGAGGGGAAUAUCCUUGGCUACCUGGUGACCUGUGAGCUGGCCCAUGGAGGAGAGCCAGCCACCACGUUCCUGGUGGAUGGUGACAGUCCUGAGAGCCGGCUGACCGUGCCAGGCCUCAGUGAGAACGUGCCCUACAAGUUCAAGGUGCAGGCCAAGACCACUGAAGGUUAUGGGCCAGAGCGUGAGGGCAUCAUCACCAUCGAGUCCCAGGAUGGAGGCCCUUUCCCACAACUCGGCAGCCAUCCUGGGCUCCUGCAGCACUCACUGCCAGGUGAAUACAGCAGCAUCACUGCCACCCACACCAGCACCACCGAGCCCUUCCUCCUGGAUGGACUGACCCUGGGGUCCCAACACCUGGAAGCAAGUGGCUCCCUCACCCACCACGUGACCCAGGAGUUUGUGAGCCGGACGCUGACCACCAGUGGAACCCUCAGUACCCAGGUGGACCAACAGUUCUUCCAGACCUGAGCCCCCCACCCUUACCCAACAGUGUGCUGGAACCUGGGCCCCCACCCUGCCUCCUCUCCCUGGCUGUGGCUCAGCUACUCCAUCCUUGGACCCCUCGCAGACCGGCACACCCGCAUGCUGAUCACAGGGCCAGUACCUCUGGCUACAGAGCAGAGGGAAGGUGUCCUCUGGGAGGAAUGAAGGGAGCAGAGGUCCCAGAAGACCCUUCUGGCUGCAAGUCCCCUACCCCAGGGCCCAAGCCUAUUUGUGUGUAACCAAAGAGCUGGGAGCAGCAUGACAAAGGCCCAGCUUUGUUCUGCACUUAAUAAAAGAUCUUGCUACCGCUU